AUGGAAUUCGAAGAAAGCUCGCAAGAAGCGAGCGCUGUGCGAGUCGGGAGCAGGGUUAGAAGCACCUGGCAGAAAAUCCUGCACAAGUUUACGACGAGAGAAGGCUUGUUAGGAGACUACGACUAUGCCUUUUUGUUUACACCUUCGUACCCAUUCAAAGACUGGGUCAACCGCAAACGCGGCAUCGAGCCGAUGCAUAGAGAUCAGCCAUUUUUUUCCGUACACUCCGAAAUGCCCAUUCUUUUGGGUCUGCUACUGGGUCUUCAACACUCGUUGGCAAUGUUAGCGGGUGUGAUUACUCCCCCCAUCAUUAUUUCAUCUGUGGCGAAUUUCCCUAUGGAGGUUCAGCAGUAUCUCGUGUCGGCAUCGCUGAUAGUUUCUGCCAUCAUGUCCAGCAUACAGAUCACAAGAUUCCACAUCCCUUACACACCCUACUAUAUCGGCUCUGGUCUUCUCUCCGUUGUUGGUACUUCUUUCGCCACUAUCACAAUUGUCGAGAAAGCCAUUCCUGUCAUGUACACCUCAGGCUUUUGCCCUAUGGAAGCAGACGGCACAAAAGGGGCCUGUUACGCGGGAUAUGGUGCGUUGUUGGGGACCGCGGCUUGUUGUGCCUUGCUGGAAGUGGCUAUGUCCUUCACACCUCCAAAGGUUUUGCAAAAGGUCUUUCCUAAAAUUGUCACCGGUCCUGUCGUUCUUUGUAUUGCAGUGAGUUUGAUUCAAAGCGGCUUCAAUGACUGGGUCGGUGGUUCCGGAUGUGUUGGUGCUAUUUGCCCAUCUGAGGGUGCACCCAUGGCUGGAGAGUGGGGCAGCGCAAGGUUCAUUGGACUCGGCUUUCUUGUUUUCACGACCAUCGUCACUUGUGAAAAAUGGGGGUCUCCGAUUAUGAAAUCUUGUGCCGUUAUUGUCGGGCUUAUUGUAGGUUGUAUUGUUGCGGCCGCGUGUGGUUACUUCGACCAUUCCUCUAUCGACAGCGCACCAGCCGCCACCUUUUUGUGGGUCCACACGUUUCCGCUCAAGGUUUACGGCCCCAUCGUGCUUCCCAUGCUUGUAAUGUACAUUGUUCUGGCCCAAGAGUGUAUUGGUGAUGUUACGGCGACUUGCGACGUUUCCCGUAUGGAAGUCGAGGGCGAAAUAUACGAAACAAGAAUUCAGGGUGCGGUGCUGAGUGAUGGUUUAAGUGGUAUUCUAUCUGCGCUUUUCACCCUCCCCCCAAUGUCUACUUUUGCUCAGAACAAUGGUGUUAUUUCGUUGACGAAGUGCGCUAACAGACAAGUAGGCUACUGGUGUUGUUUUUUCCUUCUGCUAAUGGGCAUCUUUGCCAAGUUUGGUGCUGCCCUUGUGUCGAUCCCAAAGCCUGUUCUUGGAGGAAUGACAACUUUUCUAUUCACCAGUGUGGCCGUUUCUGGUCUUAAGAUUAUAUCAACAAUCCCAUUCACGAGGCGUGACAGAUUCGUGCUUACAGGGACUCUGCUCUUUGGGUUUGGCGCUAUCUUGGUACCAAACUGGUUUGAGACUUUCUUCCACUACUCGGGAUCGAACCAAUCGCUGCAGGGUUUCUUGGAUGCCAUUAUUUUGAUCAUGGAGACGGGCUUUGCCAUUGCAGGCGUUAUAGGAAUCAUACUGAAUUUGAUGAUUCCACAAGAGCUAGACGAGGACCUGAUGGACGACAUUGAAAUCCAACAAGGCAACUUAACCGCUUUGGAGGGCCAACGGUCUGCCCUUGCUGAAGGAGGACCGGUGCUGACAGGCAAGGCGAAGGAAGCUAUGUCCAAGGAUAACGGUGUCAGUAAUCCUCAGAAUAGUUUCGAAGGAAAGGACGAUAGAAUAUUUGUCUCUGCAGGAGAAACGUCUCCUUCAACCUAA